AUGGCCUCGCAGACUGCACCCUCGCAAAACUACGACUACCUGCGCCGCAAGCAGAGCACAAAGGCCCCCAACCCAACCAUCACACCCGUCCGCAAGCCCGUGCGGACGCCCAGCGAGCGCAACAGCAAUGGCACAGUGAGCUCAUACGGCACCACCCACACGCGAGACACGACCAUCACAGAGCCUCCCACCUACUCGAAAAAACUCGUCGUCGUGGGUGAUGGCGGAUGCGGCAAGACCUGUCUGCUGAUCAGCUACAGCUCGGGCAACUUCCCAGAGAAAUAUGUACCAACAGUAUUCGAAAACUACAUCACCCACACGCCCCACCCGCCAACCGGCAAGAUGGUAGAGCUGGCGCUUUGGGAUACCGCCGGACAGGAGGAGUACGACAGACUGCGACCGCUCUCCUACCCCGAGACAGACAUCAUUUUCGUCUGCUUCGCUAUCGACUGCCCCAACUCGCUGGAAAACGUCAUGGAUAAGUGGUACCCAGAGGUUCUCCACUUCUGCCCAACAACGCCACUCAUGCUGCUUGGUCUCAAGUCGGAUCUUCGCAACAAGAAGAACUGCAUCGAGCUACUCAAAACACAAGGGCUGACUCCCGUCACCCCCGACCAAGGUCGUGUCGUCGCAAAGAAGAUGGGCGCCAUGUACAUGGAGUGCAGUAGUAAAGAGCAAGACGGUGUCGAGGAAAUCUUCGACAUGGCCGUCACAAUGGCCGUGGGGGACGAAUACAAGAGCACAGAAGAGACGAAGCAAAUUCCAAUGUCAAGAGGGGGCACAACGCCGGCCUUUGUGCCCGGUGGCAAGAAGAAGAAGCGCAGUGGCUGCAAAGUGCUAUGA